CUUCGUUUUUGUUGCUGUUCGAAAUCCUGCUCCUGGCGCGCCUGGUGUCUAGUCGCUUCACAGCUGAACAAAGAUGAAGAGAGCCAGAGGUGGCGGAGACGACGAGGCUCCCCGGCAGAACGGAUCAGCUGCCAGGAGGAAAGGAGACCCUCCGCACAGUGAUGGGGUCGACGCUGGCUCUGACUUCGGUCCAGCUGAUCUGCAAGACGCCGACAAUGACCCGGGCCUUAGGAGAGAAAUCCGGAGCAAAUACAGAGACCUCAUCAGCUCUGUGCAACAGAAUCGGGAAGACAUGCUGAGUCCAUCCAACAACAGGCUGACAGAAGUUUUAGAAGAGGCCAACAAACUGUUUAAAGAUGUUCGGCAGGCGAGAGAAGCCGCUCUGGAUGCUCAGCUCCUUGUUGUGGCCACAGACCUGGGAAAGGAGAAAGCCACGCAGCUGUUUUCUGAGGGGACUGCUUUUGAUCCCUCUGCUUUUGCUGAGCAUCUUUUGUCUGUCAUGGGCAUCAACCGAUUAGAAGACGAGGAGGACGAGCAACAGAAUGGAGGUGCUGUUGACGGCUACCUGCCCCAGGACGCCUGGCACAGAGUGGCCAGAAGAGCAGAGUGCUGUUUCAGGACAGCACCCUCUUUCCACUACAUGUUUGGGUCAUUCCAUGCAGAACCCCCUCCUCCAAAGCAAAGGACAGAACGGCAAAGGAAGGCACCCAGCAAGGAUGCCAAAAGGAUAAUGCCUACUCAGUUGAAGAAAAUGGAUGAAUCCCAUCAAGAAGCGACAGAGAAAGAGGUGGAGAGGAUCCUGGGAUACCUCAAGAGUUAUUACCAAGAUGACCCGACAUCACCCAUAUCGUAUUACGAGUUUGUCAUUGACCCCAACUCGUUUUCGCGGACGGUCGAGAACAUUUUCCACACAUCAUUUCUAAUCAGGGACGGUUUGGCACGGCUGUAUCUGGAUAAUGCCAAAUUGCCUUGUAUAGCGCCUGUAGAAGAGGGGGAGGUUGAAGCUGGAGUCUCAUGCAGCCGUAAACAGUGCAUCCUCUCUAUCAGCCCGAAGACAUGGAAGGAGCUCAUAGAUGCCCUCGACAUCAAAGACACGAUGAUUCAGCCUCUAAACACACAGAACGAGUGACAGGCCGUGCUCGCCAAAACCAAAUGUUGUUUUUAUAUGCUACGGUUCUUUUAAAAAAAAGAAAAUUGCAAAAUCCAAAGGGUGUCCAACCUUUAUCAGUGAGAUUGUCUACUUUUACUCUUCGUGUUUUGUGUUUCUGCCUUAAUUUCUGAUGACAGAUGAAGCCCUCCUGGGCAUGGAUGAUACCCGUCUUGCACAAAUCUGGGGAGACAAACAUAUCAUUCAGUUGCACAUUUUGUUUUAAUUUUUUACUGUUUUUAAACAUUUGAUUAAUAAAAUGAUAAGAAAGAAGAGAA